AUGGCCAGAUUAAUAAGCUUUAAAGAUGUUUUUGAAAUCGAUAAAGAAAAAUUAUCUUUUAUCACUGAGGAUGAUACAAGAUUCAUUGCUUGGCAUUAUAUAACUUUAUUUUAUAAUAACGAACCUUGUUCUUUAGAUGAUUUUAAAUUAUACGAUGAUGAUAAUAAUUAUGAAUAUCCCAGAAUUAAAAACAAUAAUGGAACAGAAUCUUUUUUAUUUAUAACAAAGUCGAAUCUUUAUUUUAAAAAUGAUUUAAUAUGCCAACUUUUUUACAAUGAAUAUAAAUUAACUAAUUUUCGUAAAGAUGGAAAAAUAUGUAUUUAUUUAACUUUGAAUGACCAUAUUUUAAAUUUAAGUGAUUUUAAAUAUAAAUUUAUUAACGAAGAAGCUUACACGAUUAAUAUUGAUAAAAAUGUAUUGUUUAAUGAUAAUUUGGUUGAAGAAAUCGAAGUUGAAAAUGAUGGUAUUAGAGAUUAUUACAAGUUAAAAGAUAAUGUUGGUUACUAUUUUAUUUUAUAUAGUAAUAGUGUAAUUAAACAUAUCGGUACUUAUAAUUAUUUUGAUUAUUAUAAUGUAGAAGAUAACAUUUCUGAAAAAAUUUUUAUUAAAAAU